UCUCGCUCCCGUUAUGUUAUUUACUCUUCCACAUCCAAGAUGGCCGCAGGCAGCGCGGCGCUGGGAGCCUCCGUGGCGGCUUUAGCCGCUCCGCAUUCUGCGGCCCAGGCUCCGUGACAACGCGGAGGACUUGAGCAGCUUCCCCAGGCGCUCGGAGGUGGCUUAAGCGCGGCUGCAGCCUGUGUGUAUAUAGAAGCACUGCGCGGUGCGUGGCAGCGCGGACUUCUCGCUCUUUCGUCCGAGGAGUUGGAUGGCUGAGGCCGGCAGGACGUUGCAGCCGCCACCGCUGCUGCCGGGGCUUUGCGACCCGGGCAUCAGGAGGGUCAGGCGGACUGACAUGGAGAAUGGAACUAAUACUGGCACUGGGACCGGUACCGUUCGUUUGCAGCUGAAACUGUCUGAACCAGAUGAGCUCUUUUCCCCAGAGUUCAAUUACGGCGAGCUGAUCCAGUCCCUGCAGACCAAGAAGGAAGUGCCAAGUGCUGUACCUCCUCAUGACCCAACUAACCCCUUUGAUGAUGAUGCAAGAGAAAGACGAGAAGUGGAAGCAUUGGCCAAAAAGUUUGAGAGUAAAUAUGGUACAGCCUGCAGUAAGAAGAGGAAAGACCGAGUGCAGGAUCUGAUCGAUAUUGGAUUCGGUUAUGAUGAGAACGACUCUUUCAUAGACAACUCUGAAGCUUAUGAUGAGCUUGUUCCAGCCUCUCUCACAACAAAGCUGGGUGGCUUCUACAUCAAUACGGGAACGCUGCAGUUCCGUGCCACCUCUGAGUCUGAAGGAGAGGAGCCUGAUGGAGAUGAGCAAACGAGGGAAGGAGAGGAACCAGGGCUGAAGAGGAAGAGGAAAGAUGAAGACACAGAGGAAAAGAAACUACAGAAACCCCAGCCGCCUAAGCAGGGCUUGGAGCCUCUAAACGUGCCUCAGCCGGAGAAGAAGAAGAGGAAGAAGCUGAUGAAGGACUCUCUGUGUUUGGCCGCGAUGCUGCGUCGCUUUACGAAGGAAAAGGAAGAGAUACGUAAACAAACCCCAGCGGGAAUUAACCCCGCACUGACCAGCAACCUGCAUCACGCACACACCCUUCGCACCACCACCAAUAAUGACCCCCUACUCACCGACCUGACCUCUGACCCCGCUGUGAUGUCACUGUUGACCAGCUCUAAUGGGAACGAGCUGCACGACUUGCUGAGUGACCUGGACUUCAGCGUACUGGACACUGGACCCCAGUCAGCUGCCUCAGGUGGGGAAAAUGGAAAGCCGGCCGAAGGAGUGGUGCCGAAAGUGGCAGGCGGGGCUCAGUUCAGGGCAGCGGCACUUCUUUCGCCUCCACCACUGCCAGAGGGACUGCCUGGACCCCUGAUCAAACGCAUUGAAGACCUACGAACUGCAUCGCGACAAUUUGACCAAGAGGGCAGAAAGAAGUUCUUCACUUUGGACAUGAACAACAUCUUAUUGGAUAUUGAGCUGCAGGUGCAGGAGCAGCCCCCAAUGGUGCGUUCAUGUGUGUAUUCUCACCUGGAGGCUUUCGUGCCCUGCAAUAAAGAGACUCUGCUCAAACGCCUCAAAAAGCUCAGCCUCAACAUCCAGGACGAUCGUCUGCGGACUCCUCUGCUGAAGCUGAAGCUGGCUGUGUGCAGUGUUAUGCCAGAACAAACUGCCAGAUACAACAUGGACUGCCUGGCCAGAGUGGCAAAACAGCAGAUGGAGGAUGGAGAGAGAAAUGUUUCAGAGGAAGAAGAGGAGGAGAAACCAGGAAAAAGGGUUAUGGGACCACGGAAGAAAUUCAUUUGGGACGACAAACUCAGGGCUUUGCUGUGUAACCUGGUGCGAGUGAAGCUGAAAUGUUAUGAGCAGGAGAAAUGCUCUCUUUCUGUAGAGGACUACCUCAAAGUAUUCAUGGAGAAUGAGGUCAAACCGCUCUGGCCUAAAGGAUGGAUGCAGGCCAGAAUGCUGUUUAAGGAGAGUCGUACAGUACAUGGUCACCUCACUGGCCUGGGAAAGAAGAGGAUCUUUCCCACCCCCAAACCUAAAGUAAAGGAGUUGGAAUGGGCCCAGCGCUCAAUCCUGACGUUAGCCCCAGUGGCAGCUCCAGCGUUACCUGGCCCUGUGGGCCUGCUCUCCUCCCCUACAUCAGAGCCCAUCUGCCUCUCUGACUCGCUGGACGAUGACCUGGCCACCAACUCUCUGGACUCUAUUGCUCAUGCACUUUCACUGCUCAGCAAUGCUGCUAACGGCAUCACAGCUAGCUCUGCUUCUGCCUCCUCUUCUUCACCUCCUGGUAUUAGCAGGCACUGUUCUCACACGCAGAGUCCGGCUCUGUCCGUAUCGACCACAUCCGUUGCUUCCUCUAAUCUUACCUCCACUCCUUCGUCUUGUCCGAGCCGAGUGGAGACCUUUUCGGGGCUAAAGGAUGCUGCAUUGCUGCAGAGAAACACAGUGACGCCUCCGAGUGUUGCUAACAGCACUGUUUGUAGGUCAAACAGCAUAGUUAGCAUCAGCACUGCCCAGCAAGCUAAGCCUCGCCCACCUCCGACAGCCUCUCCACUUUACCCGCCUCAGCAAAGGCCGUUUGCGGUGAAACCUGGCCACAUGCCAACCCCUACAGCUCAGCCCAAGAACUUGGCUAACAAACCGGCUGAAGCUAGCCGAAGUGUCGGCGUGACGGUGGGUGCGCAGCAGCCUAUUACAAAUUCUCACUCUUCACCACUGAACUGCAAAAGCCCUCAGCAGGUGACUAGGGUGCCGAACUUGCCCCGCCAGUCUCCUACACCUCCCUCGCCCUCCAGCCUCCACCCACAGAGCAAGGUCCAGACACACACCCCGCCCCAGGCACACCACCAGUCGGGCUUUAUAACGCCCAUGCAGGCCACCAUCACCAAGUCUUCCCACAGUAGCAGCAGCUCACCCAUCAUUAAACUUACCCACCGGCCUCCUGCCCCCACGCCUUCACCCCCCACCCCGACAUCGUCCCCUCACCCUCAAAUCGUAACCCCACCUCUCCAGUACAGUCCUAAAAGCCCCGGAUUAAGGCUGCCCUUCAGUGUCAGCUCUGCUGUCAAAACCACCACCCCGCAGGCAAUCUGCAGCUUUGCUGGUGCACAAAAAAACACCAAUCCUCAAGGGGGCAUUAGUGCAAGCAUUACUAACCACAGCCCCACAGUCUCACCUCAGACCAUUGGCUUCCAGGACACUAGCACCUCCCCUUCAGGUGUCUCAGCCAACCACGGACAGAGGCAGAGGACUGUGGGAGGUGCCAGCCAGAGUGCCAAAUCUUCAGCCAAUCGCACAUCAGCCUUGGGAUUGACUGCUUCACCUGACCCUGCCCUCUUGUCCCAGGUUUCUUCUGCAGCAGGCGCUAAUCUCCUCAGUUCGGUGGGUGCGACUUUGCCGUUGAGUUUCGGGAUGUUGGGAGGCCUGGUGCCUAUCUCUCUGCCCUUCCAGUUCCCCCCACUGCUGAACUUCACUCCGCCCACCCCGGCCAGUGCAGGGGGAACUUCACCUGCCCCCAACUCAGGAUACAGUCUGUCUCAGAAUUUGUUUAAGAGUUUGCAGUCAGGUGCCCAGGCUGCUCUACCUCCUCACCUGCAGCUUGCUUUCUCAGAUUCGAACCAAAGCCAGGCCGGAGACGUGAAGAGAAAGACCCACUGACAGAGCGUGACCGGAUCGUAACAGUCCAUUGACACUAAACAGAUAUCUAUCUUAUUAAUUAUGUGAUUAAAUGCUAGAAAGAAACUGAGUUUGCUUUUGGACCUAACUGACCGAUUAACAACCCUGUUUCUCCAGUUUGUUUUUGUUGUUUUUGGGCCGAUUGGAGGACCAAGUAGCUUUUAUUGUUUUAAUUUCGUCAAUAUGUUUACACAACAAGACCUUAAUCACUGUGGAAGGAGGAGCGGGGGGCAGGGUUUGGGGAGGGGGGGAUGGAAGGAAAGUAGAAGCAACAUAAUUUAAUUCUAUUUAAGUUUGUGUGCGUUUGGCUGGAGAUGUGCGUUUUUAUUUUCCUUUGCGAGAUCUCACGCAGCGUUUUCUAUAUUAGACUGUUAAAGCAGUAGCUCUCAGUAAUAACGUGAGUUAGUUAUUUAUAGCUUUUAACACAGAGAUGUGCAUUCUGGGCUUAGAGGAAUAAAACUGGGUAUGUACAUAAAAUAUACACAAAUAUAUAUAAACAUAAAUAUUAUAUGCUUUAUUUCCAGGUCAGUUUGAAGUCUGUGCGUGCGUGUGUGCGUGCUCAUAUACACCCCUCACGUGUUUCUGGUGCUGUGGAUCACACUGGACCUUGUUCUAUACACUUGAAUAAGUUUCUUUUAUUGAGUGUGUGCUUAGUUUGGGUGUGUGAGAAUUGGGGGGGAUAUGAGACUGUAGCUUACUUGAACUUCAUUUUCUGAAGGGUUUAUGGUUCAAUAACAGAACACUUUCCAAACAUUUUCAGUUCAAAAAGAACGCCUUAGUUUGUAAAGUUAAAUGAUUAACUAUGCAGGACUGUAAAUGCUUCAAUGCAAAAACACAAGCUGUUGUUUAGCUUGCCUCUUCUGUGUGUGUGUGUGUGUGCGCGCGCGUGUGUCUGUCUCUGUCUUUCUUUCUCUCUCUCUCUUUCUCUCUCUCUUUCUUUCUCUAUGGAUGGCUGUGUGUUUUCUUCCUGAGUUUUGCCUGUAUUGUCGCUGUUGCAGUGAAACCUUGUUGAGUAAUUUUCAAGUUUAAAUGUAAUUUAAACUUACAGCGCUCUGGAAAAAUAAGAGGUUACCUAAAAAUGUUGUUUUUUGAUUUUACCAAAUUGAAAACCUCUGGAAUAUAAUUAAGAGGAAGCUAGAUGAUCACAAGCCAAACAUAUUCCUAUAAAUAGCAAAAUCAGAGAAACUUAUUCAGAAACUGAAGUGAUCUCUUCAUUUUAAUGUAUGUGCAGAUGUUUUAAGGAUAGACCAAGUAAUUAAAGGCUUGGGUGAUGUGGUCAGAUAAAUUAUGAUUGACAAGAAAUCACUUCAUAAAAAAAUUAAAUAGUAUCUCAAAAUAGAUAUUUUCUUGAAAAAUAAAAUGCAUAAAAUACUGGGAUAUUCUUUUAAAGUGUUUAUAAGCUGUUGAAUAAAAUAAAAUGCCAUCAAUUACUUGUUGUUUUCCAAACAGUGAGUUCUCUAUAAUGUUAAAGCUCUGACAUUGCUGGUUGCUGGCACCAACAGGAGCUUUUAUUACUUACUAAUGAUCAGCUGAUCAGAAUACUCCUACGCAACUCAUUAAUAAACACCGAAGUGUUAAUCAUUUUAAUAAGUGUUAAUUAAUACAUGGAUAUAGACAGACUGAUGUGUAGAAGUAGUGAUAAAAUGUGGUUCAUUGUUUUAUAAGAGGCAGAUCACUGUUUACCCUUUGAUUUGUGAUUUAUUAAUUAAGGUUUUCAUCACCUAAUUAAUAUACAUAAGUAAAGGGUUAUGAAUAUUUUAAAAUUUGUACCGUAACCAAUCAGAACCAUUCUAGUACAUUUCUCUGCAUCAUACUGGAUUUACGACCAGAAAGGCCUGGGAUAGUAUGAAAAAUACACAUUUAAAAUAAAACUGCAUAUUUCAUUGCAGAUAGUAUGAAUUCAAGAUACAGUGGUGCUUAAAACAUUUGACCUUACAUUUUUACAUAUACACAAGUCCUAAAAGUAGACAAGGAGAACUAAAGGAAAAAUAUUAGAAUUGCUCCUUUUUUACUGAGGAAAAUUAUCCAACAUUAAAUACACAAUUUCCAAAAGGAUUCAAUCUGCUUUUCAAAUCAAAUUUAUUUGUAUAGUGCAUUUUACAAGUGAUGUCACAAAGCAGCUUUACAGAAAUUUUACACGGUUAAGACUCUCUGCUGGCCAGUCAAGUUCUUCCACACCAAACUCUCUCCUCUGGGUCAUAAUGGACUUUGUUUUGUGCGCUGAUGCGCAGUCAUGUUAGGAAUCUGAAGUUACGUUUUCAAAUGCCAAUUACUGUGUAAAACGGAAGCCUAAUGUUAACAGUAUCCAGAAGUGGCGUCAACUUUUGGUUAGACGUCUAACUCUUUUGUUAGAAAAAUUACUAUUCCAGAUCAUUUGCAGAAUAAACGGAUCCCGUGUGCUUCACACCAAAAACAAAAAAAAGGGCUAUCUGAUCUGUAACUAUUUCAUUUUCAUUUUUCCAUACUAUCUGUAUUUGGUUUUGGUAGUUUGGGGUUAAAUAGCUAAUGAUUAAGUCAUUUCACAAGGUUUUGUUCCAACAGUGACAAUACAGUUUCUUUGUUGAGCACUUAGAAAUACCUCCAUUUAAAGAUCAGUUCUUCCUCCACUUUCUCGUCCUCCGUUUUCUAGCUCUGCUGUCCAGGCUGUGUUUCAGACCGUCUGAUAUUCUGGUAGAGUUUGUUCAAAUGAUGGCACCAAAGACCAUAGACUUCAGACUGCAGCACAGUCAGUGUGUGUGUGUGUGUGUGAGUGUGUGUGUGUGUGUGAGUGUGUGUGUGUGUGAGAGUGUGUGUGUGUGAGUGAGAGUGAGAGUGUGUGUGUGUGAGUGAGUGUGUGAGCGUGUUCUUCCAGUGUGCCCACAUCUGAGCAUUAUAACAUCUCUAGCGUAGGCUAAGCUAAAGCGUGUUUAUGGGUUUAUUCUAUAUGGAUGUGGUGGACAGGAAAAAAAAAAACAAAUACAAGUUUAUAUUGUUUUUAUUUUUAUUUUUUUUUUAUUUUCUAAAGAGACUGAUCUGGAGUAAAGCUCAUGUUUUGUCUCCUUUCUUUAAGGUAGAUUAUUUUCGUCUGUGUUUCUGUAAUAAAAACUACUGUCAUUUC